UUGAACGCAGCAUAACGUUUCCCACCAGGGAACGAACUCUGCUCUUGGCUGCUGGUGGUUCUUGAAUCGCAGAAAUGGCGAACGUGGUGCUGGAGUUCAAGGUUUCUGCUGGUGACUCGGAUCCUCAGAGUCGGCCCGUCCUGAUUCUGGGCCAGCAGAGCAACCUGCAACAAGUCAGCUGGAGCCACAUCAAAGGAAAACUGCAGCCCGUCGUUAGCAAAGAGACCUGGCAGGCAGCACUCAGUGCUUUGAACCCCAACCCCACGGACAGCUGCCCCCUGUACCUGAACCAAGCCGUGGUGGCCGCUCUUCCUUCACGAGUCAGCAGGCACAACAGCCCGGCCUCCGUCCACUUCCUGUCCCGCCUGAUCCGCUCCUGCCUCCCUGGAGGGAACAACCGCUGCAUAGUGGUGGUGUGUGAGCGUUCAGACGUGUUCGCCUCUGCUUGCGCCAUCGCCAGGGCGUUCCCCCUCUUCACCCGCCGCUCCGCAUCCUCUCGCAGGACUGAGAAAAAACACGUGACUGUGGAGUUUGUGCUCAUCGGUGGUGACAGCAGUCUAGAUGAAGCAGAACUUGGGUGUCUCUCCAAUGCUGCCGAUGGUGUGCGGCUGGCAGCUCGCAUUGUGGACACUCCAUGCAAUGAGAUGAACACGGACCACUUCUUAGACGAAAUAAAGGCUGUGGGAAGUGAACUAGGAAUUACUCCGGUCAUCAUUCGUGGAGAGGAACUGAAACAAAGAGGUUUUGGAGGUAUUCACGGUGUUGGAAAGGCAGCAGAGCAUCCUCCUGCAUUAGCUGUGCUGAGCCACACUCCUGACGGGGCGACGCAGACCAUCGCAUGGGUGGGCAAAGGCAUCGUGUACGACACCGGUGGACUCAGCAUCAAGGGAAAGACCACAAUGCCCGGGAUGAAGAGAGACUGUGGGGGAGCUGCUGCCAUAUUGGGAGCUUUCAAGGCCACCAUCAAACAGGGCUUCAAGGACAACCUCCACGCGGUGUUCUGUCUCGCCGAGAACUCAGUGGGACCCACAGCCACUCGUCCCGAUGACAUCCACACCCUCUACUCUGGAAAGACGGUAGAGAUCAACAACACCGACGCAGAGGGCAGGCUGGUGCUGGCGGAUGGAGUGGUGUACGCCUGCAAAGAUCUGUCUGCCGACAUUAUUCUGGACAUGGCCACUCUAACGGGGGCUCAGGGAAUUUCCACAGGGAAGUACCACGCAGCCGUCAUGACCAACAGCGAGCAGUGGGAGGUGGCGUGUGUGCGCGCAGGUCGCAGCAGCGGCGAUCUCGCCCACCCUCUGGUUUACUGUCCUGAGCUGCACUUCAGCGAGUUCACCUCGGCUGUGGCCGACAUGAAAAACUCUGUGGCUGACCGUGAGAAUGCCCAGAGCUCCUGUGCUGGCCUCUUCAUCGGUUCCCAUUUGGGCUUCGAUUGGCCCGGUGUCUGGGUCCAUGUCGACAUCGCUUCUCCGGUUCACGCGGGUGAGCGUGCCACCGGGUUCGGUGUCGCUCUGCUCAUGGCGCUGUUCGGCCAGGCAUCGGACGACUCCAUGCUGAACCAGGUGUCUCCUCUGGGAGCUCCAUCCAACAAGUGUGAAGACCAGAUGGAGCGGGACUGCAAGAGACGAAGACUGGUGUAGACCAGCAAACGGUUCACUCCUCCACCUCGGAGCCGCCGCCUAGAGGCCCAACCGUUGAAGCUCGUCCAGCAAGCUGAAACAUUUUAAACUGGUGUUUGAUUAAAUUUGAUGUGGAUGAAUAACAGACGAUCAGUAAAAUCAGAUGUGAGAACGACGACGAUCAAACACCGACCUUCACUUGUCCUCGUUAAUGAUCAGCUUCUUUCCUUUUCGUUUACUAUGAUUAUGAUGGAAUAAUAGGUUAGAAAUCAAACUAAAGUGGGUUUAUUGUCUUAUUAAUCAGUUUAUUCAGGUUUAUUGUGAUUCUUUUUUCAAAAGAUUUUAACACAUACCUCGCAGAUUUUUCUUUAAAAUAACCACCUUAUCAGCAGGAAUCUAUUUGCAACUGUAUACUUUUAUGCAAAUGGGGGAUAAUGCCAUUAUGUCUUACACAUUGUGAUCUCCAGUGGAUGGUUAGUUCGACGUGUUGGGAACCACUGCACUUUGUAUUAAUCCUGGUGAUCCUGGCACUAAAGCAUUAAGUGCUCCCCGCAGGUUUUAACAGUGUGUGUGUCAGAGAAAAAUGACAUGUUUUGUCAGCUUAAAGCACGUGUGUUGUGUUGUUAGUAGCAGUGUUUUGUCAGAGUCCUGCACAACGACGUCUUUCCACAUGUCUGACAAUCAUGCCUCUCUUUAAAGACGGUGCCAUCUGAGGAAAGAAAUAAAAGAACUAGUAUGUGAACUUGAA